CAGCAGCAGUAUUCCUUCUCAUUCAUUAUACAUUGCCAUAUCAUUAUCAUACCAUCAUCACAUCAUAUUUCAACACAUUACAACAACACUUUAUGAGGCCAAUUCAUAGUCAUCAUCAUUCUUGUGCAACAUUUUUUACCAUAGCAUCAUUAUAUUGAUUCUAUAUCAUCACCUUCAAAUCAUCAUCAUCAUCACCAUACUCCAUCAUCAUCAUCGUCAUCAUCAUCAUCAACAACAACAACACUUCAUGAAAUCAAUUGUUUUUCUUUUACAUCAUCGUAACAAUCCCCGAAUACACACCCAUUCAUGUUUAUAAUCAAUGUAGACGUCCAAACUUCAACGUUAUACGUCCUCGUCUCAAAUGUUAUCCGACUUGUAUCAAAGAAAAUGAACCAAUGAAAUUCGAUAUAUCAGCUACCAUUGGUAACUACAUAUACAAUAUUGUUUGUGGAGUCCUUUGGGGUAUUGACUGUACGUCUCCUUAACAAUGCACCUGGAUUUAAUAAAUAAUAAGAUGUCUUUAUAAACUUGGUAGUGAUGGUAUGAAACCUUACAAACGUUUGCGUACUCUAUAUGUGUAAUCUUCCUUAGCUACAGGUCAAUAUGGAUUUCACAAAGAAAUGUAAGAAAACAUGGAACGGCUUCUUAGCUGUUUUAGUAUUUGCAUUGCCUUACCUAGCUCUCGCUAAUCAGCAAAUGAUGGCAGAGGUACCACUCGAUGAAGGAAACCCCCCUCUACGCAACGACAUGUUUUCUACCAUGCUGCCAACUAUUUUCCAGUGUAUUGAGCUUUGCUGGGCCUACAAGUUAUGUAAAUCGUUCGCCUAUUCAAAACCUAAACAACGUUGUUUUUUGAAGAACUCUGAUGACUCGUUCUGGAGACUGUUCAUGGAGCAUACAGUUAUAUUGACAAGACAAAAACUACCAAAGUUAAUUGCCGGCAACUGCCAGAAUCAUGACUGCAAAAUUGACGAGAAAUGCGUUUCAACACCAACAGGAUUCUCCUGUGUGAAGCAUGAGAUUACUACUGUCCGAUGUCCAAGGAAAACAUUUCAACACCACGACAAAUGUAUUUGGAUCGUGCGACGGAAUGUGACGUGGAAUGAAGCUAAGAAUGUGUGCGGAGAAGGAGCGUUUCUGGCAGAAAUACAUUCGGAGGAUUUCGCGGAGGCUGUUCAAUAUGCAACAAAGGUCACGUGUGAUCGUCUCGGAUGCCACUAUCCAAGAAGCUUAUGGCUUGGCCUCAAAUACUCGGAAGAGCAGUCGGCUCUAGUCUGGAACCAUUCGGGGAAAUUCUUGACAUCUACAGACGUACACAAAUUCCGGUCGUAUCCCCAAACAAUGAACGAUACACUGUGUGUUGGAAUGCACGAUGACGGGUAUCCCAUUAUGUACUGGGCUCCCAUGGACUGUGAGGAGAAAAACUUGGCAGUCUGUCAGCUUACUGCCCCACAACAUUGGACCUGAACUCGUCUGAUAUUGACCGAUAGGCCAUCUUGGAUUUUGAAAGUUGAAAAUUGUUAUCAAUAUUUUACUUCAGAAGGGGACUCUACCUGUGUAUAACAGUGUAAUGUAGUAUAGUUUGAUUAUUAAUUAUUAGUGCAUUUUUUUAAUUUUUCGGUGUGUUUUUACUUUGAUAGAAGAGUCUAGAUAUUUGUACUUUAUUUUUCUUAGUUAAAAAGGAAAAUUGACAGUUUUAUGACAUAUACUUACUUCUCAUGGAUUAAAUAAUCGAUUGGAAUUUGAAAUCAAAAUU